GGCCGUGCGCAGUCCGUCCUGCGCGGCGCCGGCGCGGGUGCCCGGUGCGCGGCGCCCUCCGCUCCGCUGCGCCGCCCGCCCGCAGCGCGCCCAUGUCUCUGCCGGUGGUGCUCCCGGGCUCCUGCUGCCCGGUGGCAGGGCUGUCGGGCGGACCUCAGGCCGGGGGUCCUGGCGCAGCUGCCGCCGCCGCCGCCGCUCAGGAGCCGCCGCUGCCCCCGCUGCGGCCGCGCUGGCCCCGGGGCGCUCUCCAGCCUCCAGCCCGGCCCCGCUGCGCCCCCGCCGCCGUGCUGGCCCCGCCACCAGCGCUCGCGUCCCGCCGCCCCGCCGCCCCGGGCUCCGCGCUGCUGCCCGCGCGCCCGCUGCUGUCGCUCGGGCUCUUGCAGCUGAUCCUGGGCUGCUGCAUGGUGGCGCUCAGCUUCGGGGCGCUGUCGCUGAGCAGCUCGCCGCAGGUGAAGAACUCGUGCCCGUUCUGGGCCGGCUCCUCGGUGAUACUCUCUGGAAUCAUUGGAUUGACGACUUGGAAAAGGCCCAUGAUACUGUUGGUGAAUCUUUUUGUGCUGCUCUCCGUGGUUUGCAUCCUCUUAAAUCUCGCAGGGUUCAUCCUAGGCUGUCAAGGAGCCCAGUUUGUAUCCAGCGUGCCCAGAUGUGAUCUGGUGGACUUAGGUGAAGGCAAGAUCUGCUUCUGUUGUGAAGAAUUUCAACCAGCCAAAUGCACAGACAAAGAAAACGCCUUGAAACUCUUCCCAGUGCAGCCUUGUAGUGCUGUACACCUUCUGCUUAAGAAAGUCCUGUUUGCCCUGUGUGCCUUGAAUGCCCUCACCACCACAGUGUGUUUGGUGGCUGCUGCCCUGCGCUACCUCCAGAUCUUCGCCAGCAGAAGACCAUGUAUUGAUGAAUCCCAGAUGUCUGCAGAGGAAGUGGAAGAGCACGGGCGGAUUCCGGACCCAGAUGACUUUGUGCCGCCGGUGCCUCCCCCUUCUUACUUUGCCACGUUUUACUCCUGCACACCUCGGAUGAACCGCAGGAUGGUUGGUUCUGAUGUCAUCCCACUGCCCCAUAUCUAUGGAGCACGAAUCAAGGGUGUGGAAGUGUUCUGUCCUCUGGACCCCCCACCUCCAUAUGAAGCUGUAGUGAGCCAGGCUGACCAGGAACAGGAGUCUUCAUUCCAAACGCCGGAAGGACCAGAAACUGCUGCGAGCCCCGGGGAGCCAGUCUGCACGCAGAUAACUCAAGGUGGGGUUCUUACUAACAUGACUGGUGAAGAAAAUAUGUCUGGAUCAACUCCUGUUUCCAACCUGGUUCAGCCUCUGAGAAGCCGGAGAGCUCUUCCACUUCUGAGGACAAGAUCAAAGAGCGACCCUGUGCUUCACCAUUCGGAGGAGAGAGCUACCCCAGUGCUCAGCUGCGAAGCAGCGACGCAGACAGAAAGGAGGCUAGAUCUGGCUACGGUGACUCUGAGGAGAGGUGCGAGACCCCGGGCCUCAAGAUGCAGACCCCGUUCUCUAAUAGACUACAGGUCGUACAUAGACACGAAGCUGCUAGUGGCCAGGUUCCUGGAGCAGUCCUCCUGCAGCAUGACUCCGGACAUCCAUGAACUUGUAGAAAACAUAAAGUCCGUUCUGAAGUCCGACGAGGGGCACAUGGAGGAAGCCAUCACAAGUGCCAGUUUCCUAGAGCAGCUAAUGGCCCCGUCACAGCCCAGCAUGUCCCAGGCCCAGGGACUGACCUCGAGGAGACAGCCUGGCCUGCUUCACCUGCGCAGCUGUGGAGACCUGAGCACCUUUUCUCUGGCAGGAAGGCCGAGAGCUGAGAGGAGGCCCCAGCAGCGAGCCGAGGCUGAGCGGCCACACAGCCUCAUUGGUGUCAUUCGAGAGACUGUCCUGUGAACUGAGUGACAUGGAAGGAUGUCCCUCCUCAGUGCUGUUUACUGUCUGGGAGCUGGGGGCACCCCUCCGCUGGGCACCCCUCAACAAGGGUCCUUGGGUGGACACUUAUUCCUGCUCUUUGGCUCCCUUUUUGCUGACGGGGGCACGCAGGUGAACUCGGGUGGAGUAGGUUCUUCCUGGCCCUUCCAGUUUCUGUGUUCCCCAUUGGAGGAGAAGGCGGGGAGGGCUCCUUUGUUGGCAGAAUCUCACAGUAUCCCCAAGGGGUGCACACCGGGUGAGCAGAAAACAGGCUCUGGAGUCUUUGCCUGCCUCGCCCCUUAUGGCUCCUGUUGUUGCCAAGUUCAUUCCCUCGCUGUAAGGGGAGAGCUGCUGGGCUAUUUAUAGCAGCCUGUGGCCUCUGGCUGCUCAGUGAGAGGAAUUGGCAGGAGACAUGAUGGUUAACACCAUGUGACUUCAGUCUUCCCAGCCUCCUGUAGGUUUCCCUCAACCCCAUCCUCUUUAGGAAAAGCAGGAGACCAGCUAAGCGGUGUUUCUUUUUUCUUUUUUUUUAAUGAAGGAUAUUAAGGGUGAGCACUAUGGUUGAUUCUAUUCCUUCAUGCUUGCAAACUAGAACACCUAAGACAGAACAGAGAAUAAAGCGCUGACUUUGGAAA